AUGGGCAAUGCAUUCACCUACUUGGGCCUCAGAUCGCCCGACCGCGUCCCGUGGGGGCCUGACGGUGGCGACGGAGGCCCCACCGAGUCCAAGCUCGUCCCGCUUUCGCCCAUGUCCAACGAGUCGCUCCUCAUCAAGACGCUCCUCGCGCGGAGCUGCUCGAGCGCCGAGCUCAAGACGGUGUCGCGCGUGCAAAACAAAAAGCUGUGGAGCGCCUACUCCCACUUCCGCGACGCCGAGCUCAUCCACAGUGCCGGCGGCGACGUCAACGAGAUGCUCCUCUUCCACGGCACCGCCGAGCGGCCAGCGUCGGACGUGCUCGCGCAUCCGCAAGGCCUCGACCCGCGCUUCUCGAAAGGCGGCGGCUUCUAUGGCCACGGCAUCUACCUGGCGGAGGACCCGUCCUACCCGAUCGGCGGCCGCUACGCGCACCGCAUCUCUGGCACGGACGGCCGCCGCGUACAGCUGCUCGUUGUGCGGGCCGCCCUCGGCUCGCAGCAACAGAUGGGACAGCGCAUCAGCGCCGAGACUCGCGAAAUGCGGAUGCCCGGCGUGCGCCUCGAGGGCCCGCCCCGCGUCCUCUACGACAGCGUGCGCGGCGGGCCGCACCGCCCCUUCCAGAGCGGUGGCGGCGACAACGGAUGCGACGCCUCCAUCGUGCACGUGGUGUACGAGUCGCGCCAGAUGUACCCGGCGUACGUGAUCGAGGUCGAGAUGGAGAUGGGGGCCGAGGCCCAGCACGCAGCCAUGAUACAGAAGGCUCGCGCAGCACUGGUCGCGCGGCAGCCCGCUGCCGCGCCGCACGCCGCACCGCCGAGCACCUCUAGCCAUUCUGCGGCUCAAGUCCCCGCGGUUCGGCUGCGGUUUUUGACGGAUCCGGACUCGAGCGACGCGUUCGACCCCGACGCCGCGAUUCAAAAGAAGCCGCCGCCGCCGAAGACGGCGGCGAGCAAGGAGAAGAAGCCGCCCCCCGUCAAUAAGGCGGCCGGCAAGGAGAAGGCGACGGGCAGCAAGCAACAACCUAACAAGCCGCCCCCGGACUCGUCUGACGAGGAGGACCAGCCCCUCUCGAAGAGAAAGCAAACGUGA